GCUUUAAUGUUGUAAAUUAAUAUUUGUGUACAAUACUUGUAAAUACAUACAUGUUUUAUUUAUAUUUAUGCGCAUACACAUGUACAUGCAUUUACUUCAAUGAUACAUUAACGUUUUCAUUCAAUUAAAAAUUAUUAAGCUUGUUUUAAUAAGCCAAAAAAGAAAUGCCUUUAAAAAAUACAAAAAAGUUUGAAGAUGAAUGGAAUCAAUAGUAAACUGAUAAGUGCGUGUUUUUUCUUUGUCUUCUUAAGUUUAAUAAUUUUAUCCCGAUACGUAUGUUUGUAUCAAUGUAAAAAGUUUAACUAUACUUUUUUUGUCUUUUGUUGAGUAUUUCAUCUAUUGUUCCUUUCUCUUGUUACAAAAGAAAAACCAUACUUUUUGCUAUAUUAUGUUACAUACAAUCAAACAUUUAUUUUCGAAUAAAGAAAACUUUUUAUACUUAAAAGAACGAAAUCUAACAUUCUUUCACAUAAUUGUACUUGCUGAAUAAAAGAUAUACAGUAGUGGAAAAAUAUAUACAAACUUAAAAAAUAUUAUAACAUUUGGAUUUUAUUGAUUUAUUAAUUUGUUAAAUUUGAGAGGGAAUUUGGCUUUGUAAAGAAAAUGGAACUAAAUUCUUGUUGACUUUUAUGAAAACGUUUAAAUAAUGUAAUGAAAUAUUUUAUUUUUCGUACUAGAUUCUAUUUCCUUCUCAUCUCCUACACUUGCAAAUACUACAGAGAAAAAAUGCCUCAAACUAACUCCCUGCCAUCGAUUGAACAAAAAUUACUUAAUGUUAUAGCUGGUCAGGAUUUAGGCGAUAUAACACAGGAAUUGUGUGAUUUCUCAUUGGAGGAACAAAAUGCUACAGCGGAGGCCCAGGGCAUACAGCCAAGUGCAGCUUCUGAUUUUACUCCAGUUUUGGGAAAAACCGUAACCUACAUAGUUGCCUGUGUUUUAUUCAAUGAAGACAAUGAGGUUUUAGCCAUGCAAGAAGCUAAACAGUCAUGUGCAGGAAAAUGGUAUCUUCCAGCUGGACGUAUGGAAAAAAAUGAAACCAUAUGCGAAGCGGCCAUUAGAGAAGUAUACGAAGAAACUGGACUAAAUUGUGAAAUAAGUACACUUUUAGCGAUAGAGGCUGCGGGUGGUUCAUGGUUUCGAUUUGUUUUGACGGGUCGAAUAACAGGUGGGUCAUUAAAGACACCAGCACAAGCCGAUAGCGAAUCCCUGCAAGCAAGAUGGAUUGGCGAUAUCAAAGAAUUACCACUAAGGGCAAACGAUAUUUUAAAUAUCAUAGAUAUUGGAAAGGCUUAUGUCAGCCGCAACAAUUCACCGCAACCUGUGUUAUGGCAUAAUGAAGUUAUUCCUACCAAAUAUUCCCAUCACAAGAAUUAUUUACGAGUUGUGGCCGUGAUACGCAAAAGAGCAACAAAUGCCCUGAACGUCUUGGUGAGCGAAAAGAACGUACAUCAUUUUCCAACCGUUGAAGUUCACCCUCAGAGAAGUUUGCACUCAACAUUGCGUAAAUUCAUGAUUGAAUUGUUUGGUGCCGAACUUCCCCAACAUCGUCCUCAUGGCAUUUUGAGUGUUGAACAUUGCCCAUCACCACCUCCUCAUACCACCGAUGGCAUUUGCUUAAAUGUUUUAGUCGUAUUUAGGCCACCAUUAGAAGAAGUGUCGCUAAUUGGAAAGUGCACUUGGCAUGAGUUGAGCAAAACGCUUGAGGAAAAACUUGGACGUAUUCUUUCUAGUAAACAUUCAACAAUUCCUCUAAAUGUUAUUCGAUAGACAUUUAUUAAACCAGAUUAUAUUGUACGAUGAUUUGAAAAUGUAAGAAGACAUUUUGUAAAUAGUUUUUAAAUUUUCUUUAUUAUUCCUUAAAUAUUAACCAUAUGAAAUAUACUUCUCAUUGUACACAUUUUCGGGAACACCGCCAUAAUCUUUGCUUGUAAAAACAUAGUUUAGAUUUAAUAUAAAACAAAACUAAAUAAAUGUACUGUUCUUUGUUUUAUUCAAAAUAUUACUUUUUGACUUAUGACGGUUGUCUUGCAAAUGUGCGAUGUGUACAUUGAGUUGUAAAUUGGCUUAAGCAGUUAAUUAAAAAAGCUUUAAUUAAAACAAAAACACAAUAUAUAUAUACAAUAUAGUAGUAUUUAUUAUUAUAAAGUUUA